AUGGAAAAUUGGGCCCGUAUUCUAGCGGUUAGCUUGUGGCUAGCAUCAGUUGCAAUGGCUGCUGCCACAAUUGAUAUUUCAGCAGCCAAAAAUCUAUCGCUUAACUUUGCCAUCAGUCCACCUUACUACCCGACUCCCUUCGCUCAGAGAGCAAUAAGUGAUGAUUGGGUUUCUGCUUUUAAAAAAGCCGAACAGUUUGUCUCUCAAUUAACAAUAACUGAGAAAGUCAACCUAACUUCAGGUAUUGGGUGGAUGAUGGGACCAUGUGUCGGAAAUACAGGAGAUAUCCCAAGACUCAACUUUACCGGACUUUGCCUACAGGACGGUCCACUCGGUGUAAGGUCAACUAAUUUUAUCUCUGCAUUCCCCGCUGGAAUUACUGCAGGCUCGACUUUUAAUAAGGAAUUGAUUUAUAAUCGUGGUCAAGCAAUUGCUCGUGAGCAUAAGUAUAAAGGAGUUGACGUGGUACUAGGUCCUGUAGCAGGACCAUUGGGCCUCAAAGCGGCCGAUGGGCGCUCAUGGGAAGGAUUUGGUGCUGACCCUUAUUUGGCCGGGGUGGCAUGUGCUGCAACUGUAAGAGGAAUUCAAGACGAAGGACUCAUUGCUACUGCAAAGCAUUUCAUUGGUAACGAGCAGGAGCAUUUCCGCCAGUACGGAGAAUGGAAAUAUCUUAAGGGAUAUACAAAUUUGACUGAAGUCAUAAGUUCCAAUAUCGAUGAUAGAACACUCCACGAAGUUUAUGCCUGGCCAUUUGCAGACAUGAUUAGAGUUGGGGUGGGCUCUGUUAUGUGCGCUUAUAACCAGGUGAAUAACUCGCAGUCUUGCCAGAACUCAUAUCUGCUGAAUAAUAUCCUUAAAGAGCAAAUGGGAUUUCCUGGAUUUGUAACCAGUGAUUGGGGUGGACUUCAUAGUGGUGUUGCAUCCGCCCUUGCUGGCACUGAUAUGAAUAUGCCAGGGGGUGGUAUUAGUCCAAUUCCUCCAGAAGGUCCUGCCUACUUCAGCAGCGAUUUGACGCUAGCAGUACUGAACAGCUCCGUCCCGUUAUGGAGGCUCGAUGAUAUGGCGGUCCGAAUCAUGGCUGCCUAUUUCAAAGUGGGUAGAGAUAGAGUUAGACCCGAGGUUGGACCUCCUAACUUCUCCUCUUGGACAUCUGAUAAUACCGGGCUUCUUUACCUCGGAGCUAAUGAGGGUCCCAGCGGUAUAGUAAAUAUGAACGUCAAUGUGAAGACACCCUUUUCCACCCAAAUUGCUGAACAAGUAGCGUCUGAAGGAAUUGUUUUACUCAAGAAUAUUAACCGGACACUACCAUUAAAUUUAAAUUCAUCAAUACAAGAUCUAGGCUACAUAGGCAGUCAAAGGGAAAAUUCGCGAAAGAGUCCACGAAGUAUUGGUAUACUUGGUAUUGCUGCCGGACCGCACAAUAAUGGUCCAAAUUGUAACGCUUAUACCGAAUGCACCGAUGGUGGAGUCAUGGCUUCAGGAUUCGGAUCGGGUGCCGUUAGUUUCCCUUUUGUUUACGCACCAUUCGAAAGAAUUAACGAAAGAGCAAUCCCACAGGGAGUUGUAGUUGAUUACGAUAUGGUAGAUAAUACUGUGAACAAUGAUUGGUCAAGUUUUGAUAGAAUUGUGAAGAGUUCAGAUGUGAAUAUUAUAGUUGGCUCUGCGACCGGAGGUGAGUCCCAAGACCGCCAAAAUCUAUCCCUCUGGUACGGAGCCGAUGCCCAAAUCGUAAGAGCUGCCAGUAUGAGCAACAAUGUGAUUGUAGUCAUCAAUUCUGUCGGCCCGAUUAACGUUGAGAAAUGGAUUGAUAAUCCUAAUGUGACAGCCGUGAUCUUCUCUGGUCCACAAGGAGAAUUUGCCGGAGAGUCGAUAGCUCAGGUCCUAUUUGGUGAAGCCAAUCCCUCGGGUAGGCUCCCAUUUACAAUAGCAAAAAAUGAUGAGGAUUAUGUGCCCAUUGUUGACCAGCUAAUUCCCCAAGAUCAAGGUGCCCCUCAGGAUAAUUUUUAUACAGGGCUAUAUGUUGAUUACAAGUACUUCGAAAAGAAUGGAAUUUUCCCCCGGUAUGAAUUUGGAUAUGGCCUGUCGUAUUCCAACUGGGAGUUCUCCAGUUUAGAAGUCAGACCAGUCGGAUCUCCUCCUUCAGAAUAUUUGCCAUUGCCUCCUCAGUUGCGACCAGUACCGAACUACAACUCCAGUAUCCCACCUGCUUCACAGGUUGCGUAUCCUCCUGAUAUCCCCAGAUACAACCAGUUCCUCUAUCCUUACAUUGAGAAUACCACAGUGGUAACUGGAAGGUAUCCUUAUCCCAUGGGAUACUCAGAUACGCAACCUCAAGAAGCGUCUCUUGCAGGUGGUGCCCCUGGAGGAAAUCCAGCUUUAUGGGCAGUUGCUUAUCAAGUUAAGGUCCAGGUUACAAACAAGGGUCCUUAUGGGGGUGCAUAUGUUGCGCAGUUAUACAUCGGACUCCCACAAACAAGAAAAUUCCAAAGCCCUCGUCGUCAAUUGAGAGGAUUUGAGAAAGUCAGUCUUCCUCCUGGACAGUCAACGAUCGUCAAUUUUGAUUUAAUGAUUAGAGAUCUCAGUGUAUGGGACACUGACACACAAUCGUGGAUAGUCCAACGUGGUACCUAUAUCGUUUACGUUGGAUCAAGUAGCAGGAAUUUGGAGCAAAGAACGGCUUUUACUAUUUAA